AAAAGAGCGAGAGAGAAGUAGUAACGCAUUAGUUCUCAGCGUCACCUCCAUUGAAACGAAGCUCCAAGAGAAAGAGAGUAGUGUUGGUGCAUCUUUACAAAAAAAACAAAACAUAACCAAACCCGUACACUAAAAAAAAAACAACAACAACAACACAGACUUUUUGUUUCUGUUUUUGUUUUUGUUUCUGUUUCUUUUGUCUCUUCUCAUGGUAAUGACAGAACUCAACUUCCUCCCAACAAUCUCCGACCGCUUCACCACCACGACAACGUCACCCUCACAUUCCCUUCUCCCCCCCUCCACACACCGACGAACACGACAAAGAAACCAAACCCACCCUGUCUCCUCCGUACGCAUGGACCAGUCCCGUCCCAAAACCCGUAAAGAAAAAAUCGUCGUCAUCCUCGGCGCCACCGGCGCCGGAAAAUCCCGUCUCUCCGUCGAUCUCGCCACCCGCUUCCCCUCCGAGAUCAUAAACUCCGACAAAAUCCAAGUCUACGAAGGCCUCGAGAUCACAACCAACCAGAUCACCCUCCCCGACCGCCGCGGCGUCCCUCACCACCUCCUCGGCUACCUCCGCCCCGAAGACGGCGAACUCACCGCCGCAGCUUUCCGUCGCCACGCCUCCAAAACCGUCUCCGACAUCACUUCCCGUAAAAACCUCCCCAUCGUCGCCGGCGGAUCCAACUCCUUCGUCCACGCGCUCCUCGCGGAGAGUUUCGACCCGAAAACCGAUCCUUUCUCGAGUUCUGAAAUCUGUCGGGAGCUUCGUUACGACAGCUGUUUCAUCUGGGUGGACGUGUCGGAACAUGUGUUGUUUGAGUAUCUUCUGAAACGGGUGGAUGAGAUGAUGGGGUCGGGUAUGUUCGAGGAGCUUUCCGGGUUUUACGACCCGGUUAAAGCGAGUAAGACCCGGUUUGGGAUCCGGAAAGCGAUCGGUGUGCCCGAGUUCGACGCGUACUUCAAAAUGUAUCCACCGGAGAGGAGGGAGGGGAUAGAGUGGAGUGGGAGGAGGAGAGAGGCGUACGAUAAGGCGGUGGAGGAUAUAAAGGAGAACACGUUGAGGUUAGCGAAGAGGCAAGUAGGGAAGAUAGAGAAGCUGAGAGAGGCGGGGUGGGAUAUUAAGAGAGUUGAUGCAACGGCGUCGUUUAGAGCUGUUAUGAUGAGUUCGAGUUCGUCGUUGGAGUGGAGAGAGAUUUGGGAGGAGCAAGUUUUGGAGCCAAGCGUAAAGAUUGUGAAUCGGCUGUUGGUGGAAGAUUAG